ACUCUAAUAAUAACAGAGAUGUGAAGCGAUAUAAUAACAGAGCAAAAGAAGAAACAGAGCUACUGAGAGAAGAGAAAGAGAGGCAAUGGAUAGACUAAGAGGAUGCAUAGAAGAGCUUGUGAAGUUCACUCUGGAGUCUCACAUUAACAGAGUCCUCGAUUUCGAUUUAGGGCUCUCCCAAGAAUUCUGCUCUAAUCUCCUCAAAUAUGAUUCAGCUCAUGUCAGUCUUGCAAACGCUGAUGCUGAAGAUAUUUUUGAAGGAGUCCCUCCAUAUCCUUUAUACAAGCGUCUUGCAUUGGCUUUGCAUCAUUCUUUAGUCUCUGGGGCCUUUUGUGGUAGGCAAAAUAAGAUGGUGCUGCCAACGGUUGAAGACAUUUCCAUGAAGCAGAAAGCAGAGUGGAAUCAGUUGAUUAUGGACAAGGGACGUCAGUUAAUAAACAUUAUGGAUAAGAUAAUCUUUGAACUUCAUGUUCUGGAGCCCUUCUUCUCACAUUUAAAAGAUGGCUUGAAAACUGCUGAAGGGAGGUGUGCAAUCCGUGAAUACAGUAGUAUUGAACCAGGUGCUGUAAUUCUUUGUAACAAAUGUCUGGUGCUUGAAGUGCAGAAUGUUCGUCGCUAUGCUUCAUUUAUGGAGAUGUUAGAGGCUGAAGAUAUUGAUAAAGUCCUUCCUGGAGUUAAAACUGUUGAAGAAGGUUUACAAAUGUAUAGGAAAUUUUAUACAGAGGAAGAAGAAAGGUCAAAGCGUGUCCUUGCCAUCUGUGUUUCUAAACUGGGAGCUCAACCAUUCAUUUUAUUAGCUAGCAUUCUGUCUGGACUGAAUUAUGGGGGUGUUCAAAGCCUCCUUGGUCUUGCACACACUACUGGGACAAUUUCAGAUGCACUUCCCCCACCAAAGUCAACUCUUCUCUCAUCAUUUAUGUUGCCAUACAACCCUAAUGUCAAAGGCAGUACCUUGACUGUUGGAGCUAGGGCCUUAGCAAAGCAUGCUGAUCGCAGUAGCAACAGACACUGGGGUGUUUUAAAAGGAAGUGAUUCAAGUAAAAAUAAACAUGCAGUUGAUAUCAUUUCUGAUUUGAUAGCUCAUUCUUGCUGGUUGAAUGUGCAUGUUGAUCAACCUCAUGGGGCUGUCUUUGAGAUAAGGAAAGCCCAGGGUUAUGGUGCACGAUGGUCUAACCAUGGAACUAAGGUACAGAUUACUCAUAGAAGCAUGCUGGUAAUUUUUUUUUAUCUAUUUAAAGAUAUGUUCAGUGCAUGUGAAAUUAUUCAUAUGUAGAAAUGAGAUGAGAUUGGGCUUAUUGAAGUCUUAAUUUCAUUUAGGUAAUCGGGGCUAAAGUACGUUUUUUCGCAGGAAUUUACACACAUUGAGUCUUGAACUUGGAUAUAGGACUAGCUAUAAUUAAUUGCUUUUUGUUAAACUGCUUGGGUUAAAGCUGAUUGAUCACAUAAAUGGAAGUCCCAGCACUGGUGACUCUCUCUAAGAAGUCAGACCAUUGGUUGUUUACGAGAAAGACUAGAUAUGUGAAUCCUAAUUUGGAUGGGUACUACCAAGCCUUCAUCUCUCUGUUUUUACCCUUUUAAUUGCACUCAUAACCCAAACCUCACUGGUAGACUAACCAAUGAAUGCUCGUGUUACUUUCAUUUAUUAAUAAGAUGAAGAAGAAGAAGAAGAAGAAAUGGGAGGACGAAGAAGAGGAAAUGAAGCCACAAUUUCAAAUGUAUUGCAUUUUUUUUUUCACAAAAAAUAACAUUUAUAUCUCAUUACUUCCUAAUCGCUUUACAGCUUCAGGCUUCUGCAUCUUGCCAUGUAAAAAGCACUAGAGUUCUUAAAAGUUUCUAACUUUUUUCUGAACCUCCACUGAAUGUAAAAGUGUCUUUAACAUGCUCACUGAAACACUUUAAGAUUUUCACUUCCAGAAAAGAUAUUUUAAUGGUCACAGCUAAAACUUCAAAUUUUUCCUAUGUGAGAUUUUUUGUUGUUUCAGUUCAUUGGAUUUCUUGAGCCAUACAUGGAUGAUGGUCAUUCAAAGGGAUGGAAGCAUUAAAUUGAAUGCAGCUAUUCUGCUGUUCUCUGGUCUCCAGAAUCUCUAAGGCUCCCCUCCUUGUGCUACCAGUUUGUGAAGCUUUAGACUCUUAGAAAUUUACAUGCAUCCUUAUCUCAUGCCAUUCCACCUCAUCACAUUGAAUCACAAUGUCCUCAUAAGUUUGCAUCAUUGUACUUUUUCCUUUCUUCUUAUAAAAUGAAAUUGAAAUG